CUUAUCAAAUGUUUGGACCAACGAGCAGUCGACUGGCAAGUUCAGGUUCGGGCCAGAUACAACUUUGGCAGUUCUUAUUAGAAUUAUUAAGCGACUCGUCGAACGCGGCCUGCAUUACGUGGGAAGGAACAAAUGGAGAAUUUAAACUCACCGAUCCCGACGAAGUUGCGCGAAGAUGGGGAGAGAGGAAAUCAAAACCUAACAUGAACUACGAUAAACUAUCUAGGGCGUUAAGAUACUACUACGACAAGAACAUUAUGACGAAAGUGCACGGCAAGAGGUACGCGUACAAGUUCGACUUCCAAGGUUUGGCGGCGGCCACGCAGCCGGCAACGAGCGAUCCUAGCAGCUAUAAAUAUCAAAGCGAGCUGUUUAUGAGCUCUUAUCAUCACAGUGCAAAAUUGGGAGGUUUCAUGAGUCCGCACGCGGGGAUUCCGAAUUCGACAGCUUCCAUUUUUCCAUCACCUGGUUCCUAUUGGAGUAAUCCAAGCGCUAAUCUUUACUCAAAUAUUGCGGCGACAACGCAUUCUAUCAGUCAUCAUCCAGGUCCUCAUCUAGGAGCGCCGCCCUUAGGCUCAUAUCCACAUUACGCAUGACCUGCUCCUUGUGUUUCACCGGGAUCGGAUUGGAGUAAACGAUUGCCUGUGUGAACAACAUUCCAAUUGUUUCACGAACACUGAGUGAGAUAAUGCGCGAGAGAGUCAAUGUUGUUAAAAUUACCUAAGAAUAGUUUAGAAUAGAGGAAAUGUGUAUAAUUAUAAACUAUUGUACCUAAUUUGCCAAUCUCUCGUAGUUAUAGAAGGACGUAGAAGACUGUAAGUAGAAAUAGAGGUGUCCUGUUCAUAUAUCUUUUCUAGUCAGAACCAAAAAGAGAUAUUUUUGGCAAUAUGGUAAUCGUAUAUCAGUGCAAUCAGUAUAAUGUGUUUGUAAAAUUUGAAAUAUUAAGAUAAGUACACGAACUGCAACCCGCGGUACUGUGAUAUAUAAUACACAAAAAUAUAUUUUUAGUCUAUUUUCUAAAUACUCCAGCUUUCCGUUCAUUGUACUGGGAGUUACCUUAUCAUUAACUCGAAUUUCGGCGCGUAAAUCAGAAUUUUAAUUGUAAACUCUCGGUAGACUCGUUUAUUUUUGUUUAUUCAUAUUUGUGAUCCUAGUUUCCUAUUUGUAAAUAUUAUUAAUUUUAGCUAAUUGUUGUACUGCUUCAGCAUUAAACCAUACCAAAGAUGGUUUUUUUCUUUAAAAGUCACCAAAGUUAUAAACGAUAAUAAAAACCAAAAAAUAUCAACUGUAAUACUAGUCCUAUGUAAUAAAUGUCGAAUGUAUACCAGGGCCAUAAUAAUGACACCAUUUAACAAAAUGGUUACCAGGGAGAAUGUAUAAAUGUUAUGUAUUUAUUAUAUAAAAUAGAUAAAUAAACAAUG